CCCUCUCCCUCGCUCGCUCGCCUGUCUUCAUGUCGUGGAUUGAUGAACGCGAAUCGCGUGUAAGCGCCGCCACCGCCGGGAGUCUGAGGAAUUCGCUGGGCUGUUAGAGGAAAGCUAAGUGAGAGCGCGCUCUACCUACCGACAGUGAGCAGAGCCGCCGCCGCCGAGCCGCAGCCGGCACCGCGCCCCCACCUGCCCAGCCCCCAGCCCAGCAGUCCAGCCCGGGGGAGCCGGCCAGCUUGGGGUUCGGUCCCGGGGGGAGGGGAGUUUCGGGGAUACCGGGCGGGGGAGCGUGAACCAAGGGGAGGGGGCCGCGGGUUUUCAUGUACCCAGCAUGAGCUCCUACUUCGUCAACCCCCUGUUCUCCAAAUACAAAGGCGGCGAGUCCCUGGAACCGGCCUAUUACGACUGCCGGUUCCCUCAGAGCGUGGGCAGGAGCCAUGCGCUGGUGUACGGGCCAGGCGGCUCCGCGCCCGGCUUCCAGCACGCCUCGCACCACGUCCAAGACUUCUUCCACCAUGGCACCUCCGGCAUCUCCAACUCGGGCUACCAGCAGAACCCCUGCUCGCUGAGCUGCCACGGAGACGCCUCCAAAUUCUAUGGCUACGAGGCGCUCCCCAGACAGUCCCUUUAUGGGGCUCAGCAAGAGGCGAGCGUGGUGCAAUAUCCCGACUGUAAAUCCUCCGCCAACACUAACAGUAGCGAAGGACAAGGCCACUUAAAUCAGAACUCGUCUCCCAGCCUCAUGUUUCCAUGGAUGAGACCCCACGCUCCUGGGAGGCGCAGCGGACGACAAACUUACAGCCGGUACCAGACCUUGGAAUUAGAGAAGGAGUUUCUCUUUAAUCCUUAUUUGACACGAAAGCGCCGGAUUGAAGUCUCUCACGCCCUGGGACUGACCGAAAGACAAGUGAAGAUUUGGUUCCAGAAUCGAAGGAUGAAGUGGAAAAAGGAGAACAACAAGGAUAAACUGCCUGGGGCCCGAGACGAAGAGAAGGUGGAGGAAGAAGGGAAUGAGGAAGAGGAGAAAGAAGAAGAGGAAAAGGAAGAAAAUAAGGACUAGGAAAAGAGAAAAUCCCCCCCCCUUAGCAACUCCCUUGAAGUUUCGUUUUAUGGUAGCAGAUAAAUUGAGAAGUUUACGACUGUCAUUUGCUUUUAUAGAGAAUAGAAUGACACUCACAACUCUAACUACCUGUCAGAUAGUUGCAGCUCCGUUUUUAUUACCUUUGGACUUCCCCCGCUCUUUAUGUGUCUGGGGUGGGGGGGCCUGAGACACAGGGAAAAGUUCUGUUCCACUCCACGCUCAGCCCACACUCAGUCCCUGCUGCACUUCUGAGCCCUUCCUGCAUUUCAAGGUCUGCAUCUCCUCACACACCCCCACUGCACUGCUUCUCUGACAUUUAUCUUCCCCUGAAGAUGUAGAAGAUGAUUCCUGGCUUUGCUUGCAUGCUAGGAAUUAGAGUACUGGAUUAAAAAAAAUUAAUGAAAGGAAAGAAGAAAAAAAAAACAGGAAAAGGGGGAAAUGAAAGAAAAAAAGGAAUAAAAGACAGCAAAGAAGAUGCCCUCCCCCACCCCCAGGCUUCUUUCUUAGAAAACCCCCUUGACUUUCUCCAGGAACCUGAUGAAAAUGAAGGAGAUGUGGGGUUCUCUAUCCACCCCCUUCCUGAGGGGUCAACAGGGGCCGGCAAUGGUCUCUAAAAUCCUAUCCACCCAUCCCACGGUCACUUGGGCCCAUGCCUUCCUUGCCUUGCCUUUGCUGUUUGAUUUCUGUUCUUCUGGGCCCAGUUUCAUCUGAGCUGUGUUAGUGUUUGUGCUCAGAAAUCACCAUAAUCAUGAAAAUAAUAUACUGAUAAUAAAUCUUAAACAUACUACCUAAAGGGAACCUGCAAUAAUCUUGGGGAAAAAGAGAGAGAAAAAAAAUCCUAAUACAGGAAAAAAAAAAAAAGAAAGAAAGAAAGAAAAAAGAAAAAAAAGAAAGAAACCUCCAAUGUAUUUUAUCACUACCUAUAGAGAGAAAUUCUGCUUUGAGAGCAUUUGUAAUGCGGUUUUGUUGUCGUUUGUUGCUGCUUAUUUCACUAAGGAAAAACCCCAACAACUGAGACUGCCUAGCCCGCCCGUCUCGUGGCUUUUCUUGUGCUUCUAACCCAGUAGAGUAGGAGUGAGCUGCACUGAAUGUAUAGUUACUCUGUCUUGAAUUCUCUGUUUAUGCAAUGUGCUCGAAAGGAAACAAAUGUUAAAAUAUAUCUAUAAUAAUAAUUUUUGGUCAUUUGUCUUUAUGUCCAGCUAUGAAUGUAGAUUUUGUGUCUUGAAAGCCCUGUUCCUGGUCCAAGUGCUUUGUAUUGUACACGUGAGUCAUAAUAAAAAAAUGAAAGAAGAA